AUGCUCGCGUGGCUCAGCGGGCAUCUUCUGGAGCUCAAGGUCCAAGGCCAGCUGGGCCAGCCACCACGCCUGGACUGUCCAGAGACUUGGUUCCGGCACUUCGACUUUCAGAACUCCGGGCGGCUCACCAAGUCCGAGCUGCUCCGGGGCGUGGUGAAGGCCUUCGACUGCUCGCAGCUGGCGGCCCCGGGGACGCCCUCGCGGAGGGCGCGGAGCGCCGGGGUCCUGAAGCUCCGGGAUCUCGUGGAGGCGGUCUGGGACGAGGAGCGCUGGGCGUCCGGCGUGCCCUUGGAGGAUUUCCUGGGCAGCAGCGGCCUGGCCGAGCGCCUGCGAGCAGCGCUGCCGCAGCCGCCGCAGCCGCAGCCCGGGCAAGCGAGUGGACCUGCAAGCAGGUCGGCAGACACGAAACCGCCGACUGUCAGCGUGGAGGAGGCACUGCGUCUCGCACGAGCCAGUGACUUCAAGACCGUGCAGGAGGACGAAGCGCGAGCCAAGGUACGGGCGGAGAAGCAGCGCCAGCCGCUGACGCAAUCUCCGAGCCGGGACGCGGAGCCCAGGAGGCCCGGCGGCCCUCCGCAGGGUGGCGCUCAGGUGCUGCUGGCUUCGCUUCUGGAGGCCGCCCGGGAGGAGGGCCGACUUGGA